GAGAGAGAGAGAGAGAGAGGCGACAGAGACAGAGGUCGAAUGGCGAGUGUAAGCCAUGCCUUUGUAUAACUCCCAAACGAAUCCUUUUUCUUAUCCCUUUCUAUCCCUACCUUUCUAUUUAUUACCACAUAACUCCCUCUCCUUUCGCCAUUUCCUCCGUCUACUCUCCUUCCAGGCGAUUACAUGCAUGGUGUGGUUUUUCUAGGAUUUUGGAAACCCUGUCGAUUCUGGAGAAAUCGGCAACCGACGGUCGGAUUUCGCUCUCUGAUGUUAAAUCAUGGGUUAACGAAAUGAAUUGAUUGAUGCGAUCUCGCCGUCUGGUGGUUGGAAAAAAAUGGAAAAUUCGGUUAUGGGAGGUGGGCUUUUGUCGGGCCCGCCGGCUAGGUUGCUAGGUCUUGAACCGUCGAUCCAUCGGCACCCACUACACCACCAUUUUGCCCAUGGGCCGCCACUGACGCUGCCCCAUCAUAAUCACCAUCAGAUGCAGGCGAUGGGCAUGAUGGCCGGGUUCAGUAGCGAUCAGUCGAUGGCUGCUCGGAAGGGCAUUCCCGUGAAUUACAGUAAAGGGAAGGGCAUUAGUUCUGCUACUAUCACUGCCACGAUGAAUGCUGCGGCUGACAACAAUAGCAACAGUAAUAAUAAUACAAGCGAUGAUGACGAGCCGAGCUUCACAGAGGACGGGAAUGAUGCCCAUUUCAAUGGGGCGAAGGGGAAAUUGGUGUCUCCAUGGCAACGGAUGAAAUGGACGGAUGACAUGGUCCGGCUAUUGGUGGCGGUGGUUUCAUGUGUCGGGGAGGAUGGUCCACCUGAUAACGCCACUGAGGGGCUGAAGAGGAAAUCCGGUGCGUCGCAGAAGAAGGGGAAGUGGAAGAUGGUAUCGAAGAUCAUGAUGGAAAGGGGCUGCUAUGUUUCGCCGCAGCAGUGCGAGGAUAAGUUCAAUGAUCUGAAUAAGAGGUACAAACGGCUGAAUGAUAUUCUCGGCCGUGGGACCACUUGCCAGGUUGUGGAGAACCCGAUUCUCCUAGACUCAAUGACACACCUCUCGCCCAAGAUGAAGGACGAUGUCAGGAAGAUCCUGAGCUCGAAGCACCUGUUUUACAAGGAAAUGUGCGCUUACCACAACGGGCAGAAGAUACCUGGUUAUAACGAGAUUGAUUUGCGAGUUUACUGUCCUCCUGGUGCGAGGUGCUCAAAGGACAGCAAUGGAUUCGAGGGGGAGGAUGAUGAGGAUAACGAGGACAGUGACGAUGAUGCGGAGAAUGAGGGUGAUGCAAAUGGGGACGAAGACAUUGAGAGAAUCACCGAUUUCAGGAAGAGGAAGAAGAUGAAUGAAGAAGAUAUUUGGUUGCAUUCUGGCACUCUGGAUAAUUUUGGAGCUGAGAUGGUAGGCAUGCUUCAAGACACCGCAAAUUCACCGUGGGAGCAGCCGGAGUGGAUUAGAAACCGAACCCUGCAGCUCCAAGAACAGAGUGUUAGCUUCCAGGCUCAGGCAUUCGAACUAGAGAAGAGUCGGUUUAGGUGGCUGAGAUUCUGCAGCAAGAAAGAUAGGGAGCUGGAGAGGCUGCGGCUGGAGAACGAAAGGAUGAGAUUGGAGAACGAGCGGAUGGCAUUGCAAGUGAAGCAGAGGGAGCUGGAGAUUGAUUUCAAGAGGUCUGAAGCAUCGACGAAUCCCCUUACUAUCAGGAUGGACAGACUGCCAGGAAGAGAUCAAAUUGAUCGGGGCAGGGUUCAGUAGCUCCUUUGAUGCUAGAAUACAGUCUUACUGCAAGGAUGAUACAUGGUGCUCUUCUAACCUUUAGAGCCUUGAAAUGAACUAACCUUCUGAGACUCUUUAGAGCUUUCAACAGUUUACCAGAGACAUGUUUCGUGCCAUCUUUCGAUGCUGGGAUUUCUGCAGUGUACAGUUGAGGAGGUAGCGUCGGUAAUUUUCUAAUAUUUUAUCUUUCUAUUUUCGUUAUAAUGUGAAAGGCUUUGAGUUACUGUAAUAAAGUGCUUGAUGUUUUAUGGAA